AUGGCGCGACCAGCCUUCCUCGAGAUACCUCGCCCUAAAACCUUCCUCUACCUAAUGUCCCUCCGCACUGGCACCGAGCUCAUAACCACGACCGUCCUCAUCAACAAAAUCUCCGGCCUGUACGGCAUCCUCGCCCUGCUGACCGGCCAACACCUCUCCCCACUGCAACUCUCCAUGUACAUCUACUCCAUCCUCGCCGUUCUCCUGACACUCUACCUCAUGCCGCACAUCCGGGCGCAAUCUCCGCUCCAAUGCCUCGCCCUCGCCUGGUUCUACGCCAUCGACUCCGCCAUCAACGCCGCAUACACCGCUGCCUUCGGCGUCGCAUGGUUCCUAGUCUUAGCUACCCACCCCGACGACACAGGCAAGAAAGCGCCAGGCGGCAGCACCAUCGACGAGCACUCCGGCUUCACGAGCCCCAAAUACAACGUCAGCCACGUCGACAUCGUCGCCGCCCCCGCCGCCGGCCUGAGCCAAGACGCCGCGGCUGUAGGCUCAGGGCCCGGCACCCAUGCGCCAGCCGGCCUCGGCAACGCGGUAUUCCAGAGCGGCAGCAUCGCGAGCAUCACCAUCAUCUCCGCGCUGUGGGCGCUGCGACUCUACUUCGUACUCGUCAUGCUGGCAUAUGCGAGGGCUGUGCUCAGACAGCACAUCGCGCAGAACAGCCACACGUAUCCCACGGCGUCGGAUGCGGAGUUGGCCGAGAACCCGUUCGCGGAGGGCAAAGAGGAGGGGCAGGGGUGGCAGGGCAGGCUCGGGCGGCUCAUGGUCCGUGUGGGCAAGAAGUACUGGCUAGGAAAGGAUGAGGAUCAGACGUGGGUCCAGGCGAUGGGCGGGAGGUUCAAUCGGAAGAGCAAUGCUCCGGCUGUGGAUCCGGCGGGCGUGUUUGAGCGGGAGAGGCGGAGGAGAAGCGGGACGGGGCCGCCGCCUCCGCUGCAGAUUCCGAAGUUUGGCGGGCAGGGUGUUUCACCGCAGUGA